AUGGAGAAGCAGCAGCAGCACGUCGAGCUCGAGUCCGGGAAUUCGAAGAUCAUCGAUGACUGCUGCAAGAACCCGGAGCAAGACAAGGAGAACAACAAAGCCACCUUGUUCCAAGCGUCAGUAAACUCCAUCGUCCUGCUCAUUGGCCUGGGAACGCUCUCCUCCGCGUACGCGAUAGAGAGAUCGGGCUACUUCGGGCUGUUCGUUCUGCUUAUCACCGCAUCCUUCUACUGGUGCGGAUCCAAGCUCAUCUCUAAGUGCCUCGUCCACGAUCCAAGUCUCGCAAACUAUCAGGACGUAGCAACCAAGGCCUUCCCAUCCUGGGCUCCAAUUCUUGUCCGGACGCUCUUCUAUCUCCGGAUCCUUGGAACGCUCACGGGUUACCUCGUCUCCAUGGGUGACACCCUCACGCACAUAUUCCCGAGCUCCAGGAUCAACGUCCUGGGCGUGAUUCGAGGCAAGGCUCUCUUCACUUGCAUGGCGUUUCUCUUGGUUCUUCCCACAACUUGGUUCCGGAACUUGCGGACGAUCUCUUAUCUCACGUUUUGGUGCGGGAUGAGCAUCCUCGCCACCGUUGUGUGCCUCGUCGUGGCUGGAGCAGACUAUGGAAUUGGAUUCGAUCAGCCCGUGGCCGUUGUCAAUGUCAAGAAUCUUCCCCUUGCGACUGGAGUGUACACUUUCACGUUUGGAUCCACGCCAGUGUUGCCAAACAUUCAAAGAUCCAUGGAGAACCAGGGUGAUUUCCCAAAAGUAAGCUUCCUGAUGAUCUUGUUCUAG